AUGACAACGAAAGCUACACGAAAAGUUGUUAUGAAGCUUCCUGAUGCGAGUCCAAUGAAGACGAAUUUUUCAAACUUUUCAAAGUUUGUAGACCCAUCAGGAAGGCUUAAUUUUAGUGGAAAGGCAGUUUUACAUGCGCAAGGAGUAGAUUUUAGCAAUGGUAAUAGUUACAAAAUUAAUAUGGAUGAAUUACAAGUAAUGGAAGAAAUUGGAAAGGGACAAUAUGGAACAGUACAAAAGGAAAUCCGUCUUGAACUUGAUGAAGCAAAAUUAAAUCAAAUAUUAAUGGAGCUGGAUAUUCUCCAUAAAGCCAAGAGUGACUAUAUUGUUGAUUUUUAUGGAGCCUUUUUCAUUGAAUCCUGUGUAUAUUAUUGUAUGGAGUAUAUGGAUGCUGGAUCAUUAGAUAAAUUAUACGGAGAUGGAGUACCAGAAGAUGUGCUUGCAAAAAUUACAAGUUCUAUGGUAAAAGGGUUGUUAUUCUUGAAAGAUAAGUUGGAUAUUAUUCAUCGUGAUGUAAAACCCACAAACGUCCUUGUAAAUAAAGCAGGUGAGGUGAAGCUGUGUGAUUUUGGAGUAUCCGGUCAAUUGAUACAAUCACUUGCGAAAACUAACAUUGGAUGUCAAAGUUAUAUGGCGCCCGAACGGAUACAUAGUGGUGAAGCUAGUACAUACACUGUGCAAUCAGAUGUUUGGUCUCUUGGAUUAGCCAUGGUUGAACUUGGAACCGGAAAAUAUCCAUAUCCUAUUCCGGAUAAGAAUGAACAAAUUAGUAUGUUUGUUCAAUUAAAUGCUAUCGUUACGGGAACACCGCCAUCGUUACCUGAGGAUAAAUUCUCAGAAGAGUGUCGAGAUUUUGUAGCUCGAUGUAAACGUCCUCAAGAUCGUCCUACAUACAAGCAAUUGUUGGGCCAUUCAUUCUUAGUAAAAUAUGAAGAGAUUGAAGUCGACAUGAAAGCAUGGGCAGGACAAGCAUUCUCUUUAUCGAGGAAUGGGAAUAAUGCGAAUGGACCAUAG